GAUAAAAGAACGGCGCAAGUGGAGUGAUGCAGUCGAGGGGGCCAGAGUCAAGACCAGAGGAAGGGACGCGCGGGGAGGUAGCAAGGCGCAGAAGCAGCUUCGCUCGGCGGACGCACCGAGGGAGGCGCGUGGGAGCCAUGCUUCUCCCCUCUUCUUCUUCCUCUUCCGCUUCCAAAGGUAACUCCUUGAGGAAAACAGUUAUUGAUAACAUGAGAUCAAAUUUAAGUUUUGAUAAUAAGCAACCUCUAUUUGCAAGUCAAGACAUUGACUACGGCCAGCCAAUAGCUUGCAUUUCAUACCCAUACAAUGAUUCUGGCUCAGGAGGUGUUUGGGCAGCCUAUGGGUCACGCGCCAGUGCUGCCACUGUGUUUCAUCCCCAAAUUGCUGGCGGGGGAACAUCUGCAAGAAUUCCCUUGCCUUUGGAAUUAGCAGAGAAUGAGCCCAUAUAUGUGAAUCCCAAACAAUAUCACGGGAUACUUCGCAGAAGACAGCUACGUGCUAAGUUAGAGGCUCAGAACAAGCUAGUCAAAGCACGAAAGCCUUACCUUCAUGAGUCUCGGCAUCUUCAUGCAAUGAAGAGGGCAAGAGGUUUGGGUGGACGAUUCCUCAAUACUAAACAGCUCCAGCAGCAGCCUCGCAAUGCCUCCACCAGGUCCACCACAAAUGGCACAAGCUCCUCAGGUUCAACUCAUCUACGGCUUGGUGGUGGCACAGCUAGAGAUCAAACUAUGUUGGCACCCAAAGCAAUGCCCUCACAAGACAAUAGCAAGAACGCUGUUUCUUCAGCUCCUGGCUUCACCGUGAUUCCAAUGUUGCGCAGAGAUGACACCUUCUUCCAGCAACCAAGCCAUCAUCUCAGCUUCUCUGGCCAUUUUGGGCAGGCAAGCGCGCAAGCCGGCAUGCAUAAUGGGACUCAGCAUAGGGUUCCAGUUAUGAGAUGACGUUAUACGGUUGGCGAACCUUAGCUGGUGAUCCAGGAUUCUAGGGGUCCUCGUCCAGUGUGGUCUUGGUCUCUCGGGCAAUUCAUCCUUGGCUUAGUCUCUGGUGUGUUAGAAGCUACCAAAUGUUUGAUACCGUGUUGUGGUUUGCAGAGCCAAUAAAUAAGGGCUUGAUGGUGAACACUGCUAUUGUUGCAUUGGUGUGUACGUGUUACAAUAAACCCCUACGAUUUAUGGUGAUAGCUGUACUUUAUGCUACACAGUUUGCCCUUCUUUCUGUUAAAACAGUCUGAUGUAGUAUUAGUGGUACAGAUUAUGUCUUCAAGACCUGUCUA